AGCGGAUGACUUGACAGGAAAGAGGGAAUAGGCUUGUGUUUACAAGAAGUCAGAGCUCAAUGAGUGUACUGUACUCUGUAAUUACAUCUGCAACCUUGUACAUGUGACUAUUUAACUCUAAACGCUAUAGGCUACUCUAACGGACUGUAUUUGGGCAGGUGUGUUACCUGUAAGUGCAACCGUGUAAGGGGCAAGGUUGUAUUCCCUCCCUUUGUUUACUACUUCUUCCGGCACAGCUCACACAGAUAGGUUGAUCAAAUUCUAUGCAAAUGAGAUGUAUCCAGGAGAUGGGAAAUACUGGUGAUUAAAAACUUCCCUCGCCGCAUGUUGUCGCGCUUGUCUGUUCUAAUAUAGGACAUUUGCUAGUCUGCAUUUAAACCUGCUUGCAGUCGGCCAAAUAAGCGCUCUUCCUUCAGUGAUAAUAGUGCGCGGAGUCCACCUAAACAGGAUCACAGGGAGUGAGCAGCUUCCUGGUCAUAAAGAAGUGUGUCUUGCUUCAAUUUCAGUGAUUGCCUACGCACCGCAGUCACCACCAGAGCGGGGUUAUUGACGCAGUGUGGAGUCUCCCAGCAGCAUUGCCAACUCGGCUGCACUACAGACGCAUCCAUGAGCAAAACCGCGAUGGCCGUGGUACAGCUAGAUACCGAAGACCAUCAAUCGGAGAACGGCUUUGUGUCCCUCGAAACAGAGUCGCCGGGAUUGCUCACACGCAUUGACAGUUGUGUCUUGCCUUUUCUUGGGGGAUUUGGGAAGUACCAGAGACAGCUAAUCGUGCUGACAUGGAUUCCGGCGUUAUUUAUUGGAUUCAGCCAGUACUCUGAUGAAUUCCUUCUUGCCCAACCGAACAACACAUGUGUUCCGCCUAUGGCAAACACGACUAAUUUGACUAGAAGUCCUUUAUUUCAUGGUGCAAAUAAUAGUUUUCCGCGAACAGCGGCGUACGUUUAUACCAAUGGCACCCACAAUUAUACGGCUAGGCAUCUGCAACAUUGUAUGUGCAAAGAGUGGACGUUUGAGCUGCAUACCGGACUCAUUCAGAAUGUGGUUACCAAGUGGAGUCUGGUGUGUGACUCGGCAUGGAAGGUCCACAUCGCUAAGUUCUCUCUGCUUGUGGGCUCCAUAUUCGGAUACCUGGUCUUUGGGGUCCUGGCAGACUGGUUUGGUCGCCACCCGGUCCUGAUCAUCUCGGUUCUGUUCAUGCUGGUGUUCGGUUUGACCGUGGCAUUCUCGGUCAACGUUCCCAUGUUCAGCACCUUGCGCUUCUUCGAGGGCUUCUGCCUGGCAGGCAUCAUCCUCUCCCUCUACAUCCUCAGGAUUGAGCUGUGCCUACCAGCCUGGCGUUUCUCCAUGACCAUGGUUGCCAGCUUUGUGGUGCUGGGCGGGCAGCUCCUUAUGCCAGGGAUGGCAUACCUCUGUCGAGACUGGCAGGUUCUGCAGGCCGUCAUCAUCUGCCCGCUGAUCCUCAUGGUCUCUUAUAUCUGGAUCUUCCCCGAGUCUCUGCGGUGGCUGCUGGCCACUCAACAGUAUGGCCGCUCCAAGUGGAUCAUGGGACACAUUGCCAAGAAGAACCAGGUUAACACCGAGCUGGACACUGAUCACAUCCUCACAGAGUUGCAGAAAGCUCUUCAGAAGAAGCCCAAAAAGACAUGUAUUGUGAAGAUGGUGGGGACAAGGAACCUGUGGAAAAACAUUGUGGUCCUCUGCGUGAACUCACUGACGGGCUAUGGGAUCCACCAUUGCUUUGCCCGCAGUAUGAUGGACCACCACGAGACCCACGAGUCCACCAUGUUCCACAACUUCUACGCUGACUACUACACCAUGGCGGGCAUCGCAGUGGCAUCAUGCAUUGCACUGUGCCCGGCAGUGUCCCUGAUGGGGAGGAGGGGUGGCCUGCUCAUGUUCAUGAUAAUCACUGCACUGGCAUCACUGCUGCAGCUAGGCCUGCUCAACUUACUGGGGAAAUACAGUGUACAUCUGAAUAUAGAGCGCUCGGAUACGCUGAAUAAGAACUUCUCCAUCGCCUUCUCCAUCAUCGGCAUGUUCUCCUCCCACGCUGUCAGCAACUUGAGCAUCUUCUUCUGCGCUGAGAUCACUCCCACCGUCAUCAGGGGUGGGGGUCUGGGCCUGGUGCUCGCCAGCGCUGGCUUCGGCAUGCUGACCGCCCCCAUCAUGGAGCUCCACAACCAGAAGGGCUACUUCCUUCACCACAUCAUCUUCGCCUGUUGCACCCUCAUCUGCAUCAUCUGCAUUCUCCUCCUCCCCGAGACGCGCUACCAGCCCCUGCCCGAGACCCUGGCCGACGGGGAGUGUUACACCCGCCAGCCCCUGCUGCCCCCCAGGAAGCCUGGCGAACAGCGCCUCCUCCUGUCCCAGUUGGAGAGCAACAGGGACUACACCCGGGUCCAUGACACGCCGCUGCACGAGGCGGCCGCCACCGCCGUCUCCACAAUGGAGUUCACGGCGUCCUCCGCUGUUGACCGCACAGCACCAUCGGCUAUUGAUAUUUCGGCGCCCUCCGCUAGGACGUUAAGGUCACACCAGCAUGAGUCUGAUGGCAAAUCCACUGAAGACUCCACUGAUAUACCCCUCAUUAAUUCUGUUUCCCCCUCAUCCACUUUCAUUGUUGAUGACGAGACAGCUCCCUCCCCUACUAAAGACGUUACCACUGACCGCCUCACAGAAGAUACCCAUACAUCCAUCUUGGUCAAAACCAUUUCCCCUGUCACUGAAACUCUUCCCAUCUCUUUAUUGGAAUCAACCAUUCCGCCAGUACUUGAUUCAACCCCUACCUCCGCAUUGUACCCUUCCACUCCCCCUGUCAUAGAAUCCACCCCGGGUUCCGUAGUAGAUCCUUCCACUCCCCCUGUCAUAGAAUCCACCCCUAGUUCCGUAGUAGAUCCUUCCACUCCCCCUGUCAUAGAAUCCACCCCGGGUUCCGUAGUAGAUCCUUCCACUCCCCCUGUCAUAGAAUCCACCCCGGGUUCCGUAGUAGAUCCUUCCACUCCCCCUGUCAUAGAAUCCACCCCUAGUUCCGUAGUAGAUCCUUCCACUCCGCCUGUCGUAGAAUCCACCCCUGGUUCCGUAGUAGAUCCUUCCACUCCACCUGUCAUAGAAACCACCCCUAGUUCCGUAGUAGAUCCUUCCAUGCCACCUGUUAUAGAAUCCGCCCCCACUUCAUUGGAUGCUCCAGAAGUAAUUGAAACUCCCCCUACCUCCACAUUGGACUCUCCCCCUGUCAUAGAAACCACCCCUACAUUGAACUCUACCAUUCCCCCUGUCAUAGAAACCACCCCUACAUUGGACUCUACCACUCCCCCUGUACUUGACCUUCUACCCCCCUCUCCAACACCCUCCCCUACUCCUGUCAUCAAUGACAUUUUUCUCCCUCCCCCCAUGGUGGACUGUACGACUCCUAUUGAUUCUGCUGACCACAUAACCACAGACCCGAUCAUAUACUCUCUAGAUGACAAACUCCCCGCUCCUCUUCCCCCUACAUCAGACUGUACCAUUCCCCUUCUCACAGACUCUGUCCAUACUCCAGAGUUGGACUCUUCAUCCCCAUGUGUUAAUAAUGUUAUUGUUUCUCCCGCUUACCCUUUCAUAGCUCAUUCCCCUGUUCAUCCCCCCAUCCGCCCACUACCACCACCACCCAAUGACUCAGGUCAUAUCCCCACAACAGUGGACUCUUCCAUGCCCCCUGUCAUGGACACUGUUCACAGGCCCACUGUGGACUCUACCACUCUCCCCAUCACAGACAUUGUUCAACCCCUUUCAUUGGACUCUACCAUUCCGCUUGUCAUAGACUCUCAGCACCCCAACGUAACAGACUCUGAGACCACAGAGGCGGCCACCGCUUCCACAAUAAUGGACUGCACCAUCUCCUCCCCCAUAGACUUGGGUAUCCUCCCUAUAAUGGACUGCACUAUCUCAGAAAACCGCGUCAUCAACGGGGUGGCGUCAUCAUGAUCCAAGGCUCUACCUCUGGAACAAGGAGGUGUGCCCCUCCCUCGUGGAGGAAGAAGCCCUGGACAUCCAGGUCACAUGUAUGGAGUCAUUAACUGGCUGAUCAGGCCUCAGACAUUUUGGCUGCUCUGUAGGGAGAAUAUAGGUGACAGACAGGAGAGGGAACAGCUUGAUAUGGGGACGAGUGUAUCUCUGUGACACCUUUUACUGGGAACAGCCAGAAAACAGGACAGGAGGACCGUGCUGCGGUGACAGUAAUGAGUGGUUACUCUGCCACAGUGUGGAACUGUAAAUAACUGACAUCAUCAGCGUUUUACAUAGCUGUUGUUGGGGGAAUCUGUAUGUGUCAUUUUAGACUGAGAUACUACCAGCCAAAACUCCCUUUGACUUCUUCUGACACUUUAUCCCAAUGCUUAGUUGGAGAUGCUAUACAUACCACUAAAAACCAUUUGACUGUACAUUUGCCUCAAUUGCAGACUUAGAUGUACGCCCAAUGUGUUUGAUGUACAUUUGCCUUAUGUAGAAAAAAAAAUACUUUAAGAAUACAAUGCAGAAUUUUGAAUGUCAACAGUGCCAGAUAUCUAAACCGAGUUUAGAGUGUCACCCAAUUGUUUUUGUUGUCGCUGAAAUUAGUUCUCAGAAACUGAAUGGAAUCUGUGUAGGGAAAAGAGCAAUUUGCCAAAUAUGAAAAACCAAAAGAAGGGCAAUAAAGUUUUGCCCCAAGUAUUGGAGGUGUUUUAAUGUAUGAUGCAAUGAGUUAAAAAUUACAAGCAAAACAUCUCAAGACUUCAGUCCUUAGUGUUAUACAAGCAUGGGUGUAUGAAAAGGUACUAGAGAAAGAGAAUGUCGUGAACUGAAGAGACAUGUUCAUACGUUUAAAAGGACAAUGGACUGUUUGUUGAGAGAAGGAGAGCUGUACCGGUGACGUGGUACAAGUGAGAGGUCUGUUGGCACUUUAGGACUUUGUUGUGCUUGUUGACGUUGCGGUCCUGUAAGUGAAACAUUUGAGAAUUUACAGACUAUAUCAAUGUUUCAUGGGACAUUUGUUUCCACUCUUAAAAACGUUCAUGAAUUGUACUGUAUGCAAUUGGAUCUUGUUAAUGUGAUACUCUAGGUCAAAUUGCGUAGUUUGUUGUUGUGCUACUGAUGUUGCGCUUGAUCACAAAAACAAAAAAAUAUUGCUAUUAUUUCACGGGGGGGGGGGUGUGUGUCCUUAGUGUAUAAAGAUAGGCGACACUGUUAACAUUAUUUGUGUGAAUGUAAGUGGCACUUUAAUCUUCGCUACGGGGACAGCAUGUAAACAAAAAUGUGAACUUUUCCAUGGAACAAAGAGGUGAUGUUCAAAUGUUACCUAAAAAAACACGAGCUAUCUCUCUGAAAUGGACACAUGAAUGACAAAAGGAUUUUGUCUUCAUUACAAAUGCAUCUGUCAUUGCCACCAUCUUGUGUGUGUUUUCUUCAUGUAAUUAGCAUAUUUGGUGCCGUAAAAAUAUUUGUAGUAUAUUUCCCAAAUAAUAUACCAGAAAAUAUUUAAACUUCACCAAAGUAUGCAAAAUUGAUAUAUUUGUGAUAUUGACUCAAAUUCUGUUGCGUUUUGAAAUGUAGGCUUAUCCCUCUUUGUUUUUGUUCGUUUUUUACUUCAAAACUUAACUACCAUUUACUUGAAUUACUUUCAUUGUAAUCAAUACAGACAUGAUAGCGAAAUGUUGUCGUCAUUAUUGGAAAAAACUACAACAAAUGUCUCUGAUUAUUUUAAUUAAAACAAAAAUAUAUGAAGAGCUUUCUUUUUCUUUGAAAAACCCAAAUGUCUAGUGUCAACGUCAUGUUUUACCAACGUCUGUGACUGAUUGACUGACUAUUGACAAUAGUACAUACCGGGCAAACAAAAUGGUGGCUGUCAGUUCACUGGUCAGGCAAUUGAAUCAGAUUGUGAUGAGAUCUGUGUUGUUGUUAGACCACUGUUUACAAAUACAACAUCACUUGUUGUGAUGUAGAGCUUUUUUUUUCUUCUUUUUUUUUUAAUCUUUGACAUCUUUUCCCUUUCAAAUGCCAUGGAGUCCAGUCUUUUACAGUGUGUUUAAUAUAUAUUUAAACAGGAAAAUACAAUGGCUUUGGAGGUGACCAAAGUAUUAUGUAUCAUGCAAUAGCAGCCACUGAUCACUCUACUGUACACUAAUCAUACAGUAGUCAUCACAACACACACCGUCAUGUAGUUCUAUGGAUAUAAAAAUAACUAUGUAAAUACUAAAAGUGUAACAACCUACUUUCUGUUUAUUCUCUGGUUAUUUCCUGGUAAAUAAGCACACUGUUAAAGAAGAUAUACUUGUUGCUGUGGUCUUCAUUCCUAAUACUACAUACACCUUGUCCAGAAAAUUCAAGCACGGUGGAGAAAGGAUAUGUGAAUCAAGUAAAACUUCAUUACACCCCUGUAUGAGUCUCUUAGCUUCUUUUAAUAUCUAAUAGACUUCACGCCUCAAACCAUAAUGUCUCCUGUACUCCUGUCAAGUCAGAUUAGUACAUUUGGUUAGCUGUGAUGUGAGGAUGGUGUUACUAACGCACGAUAGUCUAUUGACACUGGAACAACAUAAGAGGUCAAUCGUACAAAUGUUGGAGUAUAUUGUCUGCAGCUGUAGCAAUACUUCUCACCCCACAUUUCUUGAACUGCAACCGCUCUUAUCUUAAAAUGUCACAAUGCAACACAUUACAACCUUACAUUACAGUCUCAGAUUUCAUAUGUAAUAGCAACGUCCGCACCAGCAAUGGUGUAUGGUUAGUCAGAAGUAUAAUGAUUCAUUCUAUUUCUAUGGGUAGAGUGGGGUGAUAGCUUGGAAAGUGACUAUACUAAAACAGUACAAGUAGAUGGACAAUAUAAUACAUUGAGUAUACAGUUGUAAAGAAAAGGCAUUUAGAGAUGGAAAAGCAGACUGAUGUUAUGUAAACUGACUAUGAUUCGCUGUGCAUUGAUAGGUUUUGCUAUUAUACAGUGGUCUGGAAAUGGUUCUCAACUGAUCAAAUGACUCCCAUCAUCCUAAAUUGUCCCCACUGCAGCCAAACUAUGUUGCGGAAAUGAGAAAUAAUCCUGAUAUAACAGUUUCUGUUUUUGCAUGAUUUGAAUGAAUGAAUGAAUGUAAAAACAUGGAUUUGACCAGUUUUUAAUUUUCCCUUUUUUGUUUUAACUUGAAUAAUGCAUUUGUAUAUAAGCCAUAUGUGUCGUAAUAAACUUCACUAUUUAUUGAUCAAUGAUG